GCUUACACUCCCGGAUAUGGCGAUGACUUCAGCCCUGCCCCUCAGCCACAGCUCAGUGUUUCCGUGCGACCAACUCUCGACUAGGAUCACUGACUAUCACACAAACUUACUACGAUGGCAACAAGACCGCUCAACGAUGAUGAAGUGCUCACGGAGAUGAACAAGAUGGUGGCCUUCAUCAGGCAGGAGGCGUUGGAAAAGGCGCGAGAGAUUCGCGUGAAGGCCGACGAGGAGUUUGCGAUUGAGAAGGCGAAGCUGGUGAAGCAGGAGCAGCAAGCCAUCGACGCGCAGUACGAGAAGAAGCGUAAGGGUGCGGAGGUUGCGCAGAAGAUUGCACAAUCCACCCUGACGAACAAAUCCCGACUGCGGCUCUUGCAGCAGCGCGAGGAGCACCUCCAGGACCUCUUCCUCUCCGCGCGCGAGCUUGUUAACGAUCUCGCGCAGGACGAGUCGCGCUACGUGCAGUUCCUCGAGGGCGUAAUCGUGCAGGGCUUCCUCCAGCAGCUCGAGCCAGAUGUCACCGUCCACGCGCGCGAGACGGACGUCGAGAUCGUCGCCCGCGCGGCGGAUGGCGCCUCGAAGCAGUACAUCGAGAUCAGCGGGCGGACGGUCUCUGUCACGGUAGAGGGAACACUCAGCAAGGAUCUUGCCGGUGGUGUGAAGCUUGUGAGCGGGACCUCGCGCAUCACCAUCGACAACACCCUUGAUGAGCGGUUGAGACUAUUGGAGGAUAGGAUGUUGCCUGAAAUCCGGAACAAUCUGUUUGGCCCGAACCCGAACCGCAAGUUUUAUGCGUAACUGGUUACGACACCCCUAUAACUCGGUCUCGGAUCGUUCACCUCUGCAAACACCUACUGUAUCUCACUUGCCACUCGAUGUUGCAAGGAAUAUAAAGAGCAAUGAUUGCUGUCGAGACGUUCACUUCCGUGGUUUCACAAAUUUGUACAACGACGC